GAAAGGCCGCCGUUUGACAGCGACGACGCCUCCCACACAAGCUCUAGAGAGAGAGAGAGAGGGGCGAAGGACCAAGCUCUCUCCAUUGCUGCUGCUCUUCAGCUCUCCUCUCUCGGGCGUCGCCCAAGCCCUAGAAGGAGACGAGAAGGCGAUCGGGGAGCUCAUCCCUCUAAUUCUUAGCUUCCCUGGGUGUCGGCGUUGGUGGAUUGAAGAGAGUGAUGGACCAGUAUGAGAAGGUGGAGAAGAUCGGGGAGGGAACGUAUGGUGUGGUGUAUAAGGCGAGGGAUCGUCUCACAAAUGAGACCAUUGCGUUGAAGAAGAUUAGGUUGGAGCAGGAGGAUGAGGGUGUCCCCAGCACUGCCAUUAGAGAGAUCUCUCUCUUGAAGGAAAUGCAGCAUGGCAACAUUGUCAGGUUGCAAGAUGUUGUCCAUAGUGAGAAGCGAAUUUACUUGGUCUUUGAAUAUCUUGACUUGGACUUGAAGAAGCACAUGGAUUCUUGCCCAGAACUUGCUAAAGAUCCACGUCUUGUAAAGACAUUUCUUUACCAGAUACUUCGAGGCAUUGCCUACUGUCAUUCUCACAGAGUUCUGCACAGGGAUUUGAAACCACAAAACUUAUUGAUUGAUCGACGUACUAAUGCUCUAAAGCUGGCAGACUUUGGAUUGGCCAGGGCAUUUGGAAUACCUGUGCGGACAUUUACUCAUGAGGUUGUAACACUGUGGUACAGAGCACCGGAAAUCCUUCUUGGUUCCCGACAUUAUUCUACCCCUGUUGAUGUGUGGUCAGUGGGGUGUAUUUUUGCUGAAAUGGUGAACCAGAAACCACUCUUUCCAGGAGAUUCUGAGAUUGAUGAAUUAUUUAAGAUAUUCAGAAUUUUGGGAACCCCAAACGAAGAAACUUGGCCCGGGGUGAGUUCUCUACCAGAUUUUAAGUCUGCUUUCCCCAAGUGGCCUCCAAAGGAUCUUGCAACGGUGGUCCCAAAUCUUGAACCAACAGGAAUUGAUCUUCUGUCGAAAAUGCUCCGCCUGGAACCAAGUAAAAGAAUCACCGCUCGGCAAGCUCUAGAGCAUGAGUACUUCAAGGAUCUCGGGUUGGUGCCCUGAUUCUUGCCAUUCCCCCCUCACUGUAUAUUAUCUUGGCUAGGGCAUCAUUUCUGCUACAACUUUCAUUAUUUUGGAAUUUGUAUGAGGUUGUGGGCUUCUGGUGUUUGUUCACUCCCUCUCGACCUCCAGGACCGGUUUGUGUGGCUGUUGUUUGUGCUUGUUUUCAUUAUCCAUAACUUUUUCUGUUUGUUUAGGCAUGGUUUGCCUCUCUGAUUGCUAGGAUGUAAUCAGAGCAUUCACACUUGUCUUUCAAAAGAAAUAGGCUGCUCAAAACUCCUGAAAUUACAAGUGUGAAUUUUGUCAUCUUUUGCUAAAUUCUUGUGGAUAUUUGGGAAGUUUCAUCCAAGUUUUUGCCUAUUUGAUGCUUGUA